AUGUCAGCCAAUCUCCCGGCAUGUGUCAUCGACAACGGAACCGGUUAUACGAAACUUGGGUAUGCAGGAAACAGUGAACCACAGUUCAUUAUCCCAUCAGGUAUUUUUUUUUUCUUUUUCAUGGUCGUAGUUAUAUUUGUGCAGCUAUCGCGGUGAAAGACAAAGUAGCCAGUUCUAAUGCUGCUGCGCUUCGAUGGAAUACCGGUGGCGGUGCGCGGAUCGACGAUUUGGAUUUUUUCAUUGGUGAUGAUGCUUUAAGCCCAUCGGCAGCGAACUAUUCCGUGAAGGUUUCAUUAGAAAUAGUUGAUUGUCCCAAAAUAGUUUUUUAGUAUCCAAUCAGACAUGGUAUAGUGGAGGACUGGGAUUUAAUGGAACGCUAUUGGGAGCAAUGUAUUUUCAAGUACUUGCGUGCGGAGCCUGAAGAUCACUAUUUUUUACUGGUAAGAAAAUUUCACGUAUCGUUUAAGCUUUUUCAAUCUGUAGACUGAACCUCCUUUGAACACGCCAGAAAACCGCGAAUAUACAGCCGAAAUCAUGUUCGAAUCUUUCAACGUUCCCGGUCUCUACAUCGCCGUCCAAGCGGUCCUUGCCCUGACUGCAAGUUGGCAAACGCGAGCCGCCAAUGAGCGAACCUUGACUGGCCUUGUACGUUUUGAAACUUUCAACCCAAUCUUUGAGAAUUGGUUUUUAAAAAAAUGAAACUAUUUUUUUCCAUAUUUGUAAGCACUUUUUGAUGUGUCUUCGUUGAUUUUCUAUCAAUUUUGAAGGUGAUUGAUUCUGGAGACGGCGUCACGCAUUGCAUUCCUGUGGCCGACGGAUACGUCAUAGGAUCUUGCAUCAAACAUAUUCCGAUUGCUGGUCGUGACAUCACCUAUUUCAUUCAAAGCAUUCUCCGCGAAAGAGAGUCCAACAUUCCUGCGGAGCAGUCCCACGAGGUGGCCAAAGCAAUAAAGGUUCUGAUAUAUCUUUGCUCAAAUUAAUUGAAUUUAUCUUCUAUUUUUUGUCAUUUUAUCGUUUUUUUUUUCUUAGGAACGAUACUGUUAUGUUUGUCCGGAUGUGAUGAAAGAAUUUGUCAAAUACGAUACCGAUCCUGCUAAAUGGUUGCGGACAUAUAACGGCAUCAACAAUUUAACUAAAGCGCCGUUUACAGUCGAUGUUGGAUAUGAACGGUUUUUAGGACCAGAAAUUUUCUUUCAUCCCGAGGUCUGUUUUCAUAUUCAUAUUCAGCAAAUUUCAACGCCAGAAUUUAGUUUGCUAAUCCCGAAUUCACCACACCGAUUUCUGAGAUAGUCGACAAUCUCAUCCAACAGUGUCCAAUCGAUGUGAGGCGAGGUCUUUAUGAAAAUAUUGUACUCUCAGGAGGGUCCACCAUGUUCAAGGUUUUUCAAGCGUUAUUUCCUACUUUAACUGAAUAUUCUCAGGACUUUGCUCGGAAAAUGCAAAGAGAUGUGAAACGUUUGAGCGAUGCACGUCUCGCCCUCAGCGAAACGCUUAGCGGCGGACGCUUGAAGGUGGAAUAACAACUAUUAAUAUGUAUCUUUAAAAAUGUCUCUUUUAGCCAAAACCAAUUGACGUACAAGUUAUUUCCCACAAAAUGCAGCGGUACGCUGUCUGGUUUGGAGGAUCAAUGUUAGCAUCAACGGCGAGUUUUUUUUUUCCUUUGAAGUUUACAAAGUAAUAUAGUCUGUAAUAACAGCUUGCUGUAUGUAUUGAAAAAGAGAAAUUAAAAUCAUUGUUUAAACAUUUAGAUAAUAGUAUUUUCAUAGAAAUAUCAAGUUCUCUGACAGCCAAAAAGCUCGAAAAACAUAGUUUGGGAUUUCCUCUUUGAUCAGUCUUAUCUCUGAGUUUCAGCCCGAUUUCUAUCAAGUGUCGCACACAAAGGCGCAGUACAUGGAGCACGGACCCUCCAUCUGUAGAUACAACCGAAUUUUUGGUGCUCUUACCUAA